AUGCUCCAGGCCGUGUCAGACUUCUUCCUCAUUGACGCUGAUGUUGUAGAUAGUGACUCUGAGGGAUUUCUCAGUCCCCGAAAGAAGACACCCGCACGUCCACCUCUCCCAGAGUCAAACUCCAAGACAGCGCCGACCGAAGCCUCAUCGGUCAGUGAUUUCCCCUCGGCGCCAAACGCGGCCCCCGUCGGUCCUAAUGAUGAUUCCAGGCCUCCAGAUGCAUCCUCGACCAAUCUUCUCCGCGCUUAUCAAGGUGUCAGCGAAGGCGAUUCCUUGGCGUCGCCAAACGGCUAUACAGACUUACUCGAAGGAGAAUUUUUCAUCCCUGAGCCUCUCUCAGCAGAGGCUCCCAGACUGUCGCCGCUCAAUGCAGCAUCUAUGCUGGGUAAGAGAGAAAUUGAGCUGCUCGCUCGCAAGGGACUACCGCGGGCGAAAGUUGGUCUGUCUAAGCGGGACCGAGGAGCUAAAGAAAACCUUCGGUCGCGUGCACCUUCUGCUGCUGCCCAGAAGAAUCCCCAAGAUGUUUAUCAACUCUCCGCCUAUCAGAAAGAAGCUUCUGGGAUCGCUCAGCAACCGGUGCCACCUGCCCCCGUGGCGCAAGAUGAAUCUGGUGUUGUGACCACACAGACUGACAGUGGCAGCGUGGCCUUAAGAUCAAACACAAAUGCGGCAACAUGGGACGAGAAGGUCAAGGGAGUAAUGAGUUUAAUGGACCAAGCAACGAAGCUGUUUGUAGGUUCACGGACGGAAGUGAGCCAGAGUGUGCCAGAACGGAGGCAAAUGCUACCUGCCGUGACUGACGUGUCUGGGUCGUCAACAGCGUCACCGGUUCUUAGCCAAGCUCUGGCGUCUCUGUUGACAGGAGGGAUGCCUCAAAAUCCGUCGGGAUCAACAACUGGGCCAUCGAUACCGUCUCAGAGUAUACCCAUCUCCCCCGCUGAAGUUGCAGCGUAUGUGGCACUGUUACCCUCUCAGACAAAUAAACCUUCCGUUACACUUGGCACGCUACGCCAGAGCGAGGGUUUGGGGAAAACUUUUGCUCAGGGCGUCGACGUUGGUAGCGCAGUUGUCGACGUUCUCACAUCCACGCGAGAACUGCAGCAAGCUUUGAGCGCCUUAAAUAUUCCUGGUCUCCCAGUGAACCCUGGGGCACCUCCCCGGCAGGCUUUCCAGAACCGCGAUGACAGCCUCACGUCGCUCGUUAAUGCUGCCAAGGCAUUUGUUUCCUUCAAAUCGCGGGGAAAACGAAGAGACUGA